AUGGCGAGCGAUUUCCCCUCUGCCAUGACCGCCCGGUCGCUCCGCAUGGUCCGCACCGAGCUGGAAUUUUUGGCCGAUGCCUCCGUCAUCACCCGUAAACAACUGUCUUCGAUCCUCGAUGAACUCCCCUCCGAGUCCCAGGCCCGCGAUGCGAUCGCCCACACGCACCAGCCGUCGUACCAGCCGUCGCCCGUCACUGCUCGCGCGCAUCAGCCCUCACCUGCACCGGCCCCAGUGCCUUCGCCCCUGCCAGAGCCGGUGCAGACACAGCCGGUGCAGACACAACCCCCUCCGAUGCCGUACUCACCUCCUUCCACGGCAAUGUCCAGUGUCUCGCUGAACGAGAAAGCUCCGCUGCACAAUCAAUAUGUUGCGCCGCCCCCUCAGCCCCCGCCCGCCUAUCCCCAGGUCCCGCCCAUCCUAUCGCUCGCCUCCGCGAUGUACGCAUACACACCGACCGACCCUGGUGACCUGGCAUUGCAGCCGAAUGAUCGGAUCCAGGUUAUUGAGCACAUGAACGAAGACUGGUGGCGCGGUCGCAACGAGCGCACCGGCAUGGAGGGUAUCUUCCCUCGUAGCUACGUGAAUGUUAUCAACGAAAAGGGAGCGGUUCAAUCGCCCCCGCCUCCUACCAACUAUGGAAACAUGCCCCUGGAGGUUAGCCAGAGCGGAUCAGGCGACCCUGCUUCCAACGACCCGGAGAAGAAGAACAAGUUCGAGCAGGGUGGAAAGAAAUUCGGCAAGAAGCUGGGCAAUGCCGCCAUCUUCGGUGCCGGUGCUACGGUAGGAUCAAACAUCGUCAACAGCAUCUUCUAA